CUUUUGGGAUUAUGGACAGUUUUUGUGCCGAAGCGGGUGAAGGAAGAGGAGCCAAAACUUCAUACACAAUAGAAGCUCGCGUGAACAUGGUUCUUCAAGAUGUUGGUUUUAUAUUCCUUCUUGUUCAGGAAAACUAUCUUAAUUACAAACCUUGCAGAGGAGCAUCCAUCCUGAAUGCCUUUUCGAAAGCUUCAGAUUACUUGUGCGAUGGAGACGUGAUGGACAAAAGCAUUUGCCGUGGCAGACGGGAGCUGUCGGAGCUUUUCUCGAUGAUUUUGGUUCUUACCUGCUCAUCCAUUUUGCAAGGAACAAGACAAUCCUUCGACACGACUGCGGAUCACAAACUAAGAUUUCCAAUGUGGUUGUCUAAGAGUUCUAAGAAAAGGAAUUUAUCCUUUAAGAGAUGUGAUCUGGAUACUCCUUCCUUCCUCAAGGGACAACUCAAAAUAAGUGCUGACGAUAAUCCCAAGAAUGUUCAGCAUUUCAGCUUCAAAGCUCCCGAUCCUACUCGAGCUUCAGAGGACCUGUUUGCAAUACUGAGACAUCGAUAAAAACUCAGUUGUUGCACUAAAAGCUUCCUUGUUCCAAAGCCGCACGUCCAAAAGUACCAAACGCUGAUGCCCAGCACACGUCACGAUGGAAAGCUCCUCACAAACCAGUCCAUCAUGUAAGUCUCAAAGCAGGAAAAAAUUGGACGAGUGGAGAGUGGAGGAGUGCAACUCGUCGGCUACCUCAUAUCGUCCAUCGCCAUCAUAACAUAAAUCAAGAACAUGCACCGGAAAGCAUUACAGGUUGCUUGAUUUUGCUCGGUAGUACAUUCUGCCUCGUUCUUAAAACUCGGUACUAAACUGUGGCUCGAGUCCAGGUAGAUAACUUGCGGACCCCAGCGCCCAUCCAUCCAGAUUCCAGCUUCGAGAUCGUUGAAAACUCUAUCGAAGUAUAUUAUUAUUGCUUGGAGAGUUGGGAUCGAUCUUUGCAAAACUAAAGAAUUUGGGAUGAAAAAAUCCUCUUCGCUCGGUCAACAACAACAAGAGAAAUCAAUAUCAAUCACUGUGUUACGUGAUGUUUCCAUCGUGAUCCAGCACAGCUUCGGCUCACGAGAAACAUUUGCCUAGUGGUUAGCAAGACUGGAAAAAUUCAAUAGUUCUGGCUAGUGAAGUUGAAGUGAAA